GAAAGAAUAAUAAUGGGCUUUUUUUGACGAGUAACGUCCGCGUAAGUAAAUUUCCUACCCUUUGUCUUUUAAUUAACUCCACCUCACCACCUUACCCACGACUCUUCUCUUUUUUUCUUUGGGUCAAAUUUCUCAACGCCUCUUUUCUCUCUCCUCUUAAUUCCAACCCUCUUAAAAACCUUCCCAUACUUCCUUUCUUCCUCCAUAAUACUCUAUUAUUUUCUUUCUCUCUACUUAUUUUCUUUCUCUCAUCAAUAUAACAAAAGAAAAGAUGGGAUUUGUGAAAGAAGAGAAAUCAAAGAGAGUUAUUAGAGCAAUAAAAACUGUGUUUUUCUUAAUUACUUUGUUAAUUUCUUUCUUGUUUUUCUCUGCUCCUGUUCUUCUUGCUGUUGCUGAUACAAUUGUUCCUUGUGCUUUACUUUCUGUUUCUUCACCUUUUCUCUCUCCUCAAUCUCUAUCCUACCAUUUUGCUAAUUAUGAUUUCAGAUACUCUCUUGUUGAUAUUCCUUUGAUCUCCUUCCUUCGCUCCCUCGUCAUCAUCUGUGUAUAUAGUUGCUGUGAUGGGCCAAAGUUGUCACGUGGGCCCUAUCUAUGGGUGGCAACAAUAUGUUCAGUGCUUUCGUUGGUGUUUGUUUCAUUAAAGGCACCAUUUGUAUUUGGUGGUGCAAAUGGUGGUGACAAAGGAGGGUAUACUAGAGUAACUGAGGUUGCACUUUUCCUCUGCUCUUAUAUAUUGGCUGUUGGACACGUGUUUGUUGCUUAUAGGACCAGCUGUCGCGAACGCAAAAAACUUCUUGUUUACAAAAUUGACAUUGAAGCUGUUAAUUCAGCUUGUAAGAAGGGAUUUCCAAGAUAUGAAAAGAUGUUGCUAGAAGAGAGGAAGAAGUGAAAUAUGUAUAAAGUUUAACCCAUUAGAGAUCAUUUUCGUUCAUACUCUUUUUCCAAAUGAUAAGAGGGAUCUUCUUACAGGAUUUUACAGGCUUGUUCGAAUUGUAUAUAUACUUCUAUGAUGUAGCAUUUCAGGAAGUUCCAAGAUAUAUUGUUAUCUAUAACAACAUAGGAAUAACUAAGUCAAUAUCAUAAUUGUAUUAGAAGGGGGGAGGGCUAAAAAGUUCUUUUUCUUUUUCAUUUUUGUUUGUUUAUUUUUAGAUAAGAUGGUUUUUCCAGACUGAAUCCUUAUCACGGGAAAAACUUAUACAGGAUAACACGUAGAAGAUAAAGACUCGAACUCGUAUCUAGAGUCUAGAAGAUCAGGAGUUUACUAUUUAUUCCAAAGUCAUUUUGGAAUGCAGGAGAUUGUGGAUCUUAUCGUUGAUCUCAUCGGCUCGGAUUUCGAGGGAUGGGAUGGGUAUUAGGGGUGAUUAAGAGUUAAGGUUAUGUAUAUAACUAAAGAGAGCAACAAAUAGUGUGAAUUUAAGUAGGUCAGCCGAAGGCUCCUACAAUUUUGUUGGCCCUUCAAAUGGGUACAACUGGUUAAGUAUAGCAAUAAUAGCAUGUGUGUGAACUUCUCAAGUUGAUAUUGUACAUAAUUUAAUUACUA